ACGGUCUAACUCUACCUACAACUUCAAGCCCGUCUCUCACCGAGCUUGACUUUCCCCCGAUCUAACCGUCAACACCAUCGGCUUCACUUAACGAUAUUUCUCUUCGUACCCCAGCACGCCACAGAUCAUUUGUCAUCAUUGGAAGAAAUUCGGAAACCACAACAAGAAGGCGACAAUAACCAGGAUGGCAGAGACUCAGGACAAGUUUCCCCUUCACACUGCAGCCCGCGAGGGCAAAGUCUCCGUCGCAGAAACUAUUCUCAAGACGGAGCCUAAGCUCGCUGUACGAGAAGACGAUGAUGGCAGGCUUCCCAUACACUGGGCCGCGUCCUCCAACUGCAUCGACAUUAUCAUUCUACUUACGCAGAUUCGUAGCUUUGACCCUGAUGUCCAAGAUGGCAGCGGUUGGACGCCGCUGAUGAUCUCUGCAAGCCUUAAAGAUGGCGAAGAUCUUGUAAAUUUACUUCUCCAAAAGGGCGCCGAUGUCAACCUGAAGAACCAUAACGGACAGGUGAGUAGGAGGAGGUUCACAAUACUAUCCUCUCUCAGAUUCGGGGUCUGAUUCGGUUUGACUUCAGGGUGUUCUGCACUUUGUGGCAUCCAAAAACAACUUAGACGUCGCAAAGAAGCUUCUCAACCACGACCCGCCCGCGUCUACCAAGAUCCGCGACAAACGCAGUCAGUAUGCC